AUGAGCGAACAACAAAUGCCAGAACUAAGAGCAAGAGAGUUCGCGGCCUUUUUAUUGCAAAAACGGGCAGGUACUAUGACCAGUUUUACAAUACUUGAAAAGAAUAAUGCAAUAUUAUGGUACAAGCUCAAAAAAGGGGUAGCGAUUGGGUUCCUGGCACUUUCUCGCAACUUCCUUGCAACUUUCUCAUUACUUUUGAGGGAUAUUUGCUCUAGCUUAUAUAACGCUUAUGACCGAAGUAUUGUGGAAGAUAAAUUAGUUAUCAAAAUCGAUCAAGAUAGUGAUCAUGCUUCCAAAUUUUCUGUUGCCGAUGAUAUUUCUGAAGUAUAUGAUUUGCCUGGAAUUUAUGAAUGUAUUAAUGGUCAAAAACCUUUAAAAGCUCUGGAAAGUUAUUCUCAGAGGAUUGCUCUUCUUAUUGAUCAUCACAAACUCAAAGCAUUUACUGAAUUAGUAUAUACCAUAACUGGUGAAAAAUUCAGCAAAUACAUUGAUAGAGGAUUGCCUGAUCAAAAUUUUAACCUUCACCUAAUUGAUAAUAGCUGGAACGAACUUGAUUAUGCUAGGGUUCAACCACCUUCUAGUUUAGGACUUGAUAUAAGACCUAGAAUGCUUAGCAUAGUAAAAAAUAAUAAUCCACUAAGAAUAUCUGUGGCUCCACUAGGAUGUCCACUCUGCAAACGUAUACAUGACAAGGAUCAGUGGUGGUUCAGUCGUGUAUAUGUCAGCAGUUGGAUAUUCAUUGUAAAAUGCUUUCGCAUUUGCAAGAUAAAAGGCCUAGGGUUUCUAAGAGCUUUCAUAAAAUUGCCAUUCUGGACUAAGUAUAAUGAAGCUCUUACAGCGACAGAAACAUAUGAGGAGAGAUAUGUGAGGCCACUACCUGACAAAGGGGAUAUUUAUGUAGGCUCACCCUGA